GAAGCUCGGUGGGAAACAAACGGAGAUGUGGCUGUUCGAAGUGCUGGUUCCCCUGGUUCGGCUGUAUUUCUGCGGGGCUAGAGUGCUCUUUUAUCAGAUGUUCAACAGGUCAUUUAAACUACCAGGUACUCAUUAAGUGAAGUCAUCCGAUGGAGGGUAAAAGUGCAGGACCUUCGUGCUCCGGCCUCAAUCUGGUUGCACACCCGCGAGCAAAAAGCAAAGUGUGGAAAUACUUUGGAUUUGACACGGAUGCAGACGGCUGCAUUCUGCACUGGAAACGGAUUUACUGUCGAGUGUGUAUGAGUCAGAUCGCUUAUUCCGGUAACACGUCCAAUCUCUCGUACCACCUGGAGAAGAACCACCCCACCGAGUUCAGCGAAUAUGUGAAGAGUAACGAUCAGAUGCGUGGGGCAUUCGCCACUGUGUUCUCCAGGAUAAAGACAGAGCCUGUAGGUGUGCAUGUUCAACAUCAACCCCAGGACUUCAGGCAGAGCUUUCACUAUGAAAACAGACGACACAGCGACCUGACUGCUGCUGUCGUCAACUUCAUCUGCGAGGGGUUGUACCCUGCGUCUCUUGUAGAAGAGCGUACCUUCAAGAGCUUAAUGAGUACUGUCGAUCCUGGCUACUCUCCCCCGAGCAAAGCUGACCUGGCAUCUAAGAUGCUUCCACAGAUGUAUUGUCGUACCCGGGAUAUGGUUUUUGGGGAGCUUUCUGGGGUUGUGAACUGUGGUGUGACCACAGAUCUUUGGCAAAGUCAAACCCAGAACCGAACGUACAUUUCUCUCUCAUUGCAUUCAGUCAACUACAACAGUUCAACUGGAUUCUCGAUGAUCAACAAGUGUCUGAAAACUUUUGAGGUACAGGAGGACAACACUGCCGAGAACAUCACCAGAGCAAUGUAUGAAGCGUUUGUAGAAUGGGGGAUAACUCACAAAGUCGUCGGUGCAACCACAAACGGUUCCGUGGACAUAGUGAAGGCAUGCUCGCUCCUUGAACUAUCCGUGGAAAUGCCGUGUCUUGGACACACGAUCAAUCGAGCAAUGGACGAAGUCUUUCAGUUGCCACAAGUCGACAGCUUUCUAGGCUGUUGCCGCAAACUUGUCGAUCACUUUCGGGAGCCGUUGAUGUAUCUGCUGAGAGACAAACAAAGACUGCAUGGCCUUGCUCAGUGUGCGCUCAUCACAGACAGAGGGCGGUCGUGGUUGACCACGUUAGCGAUGCUCCAGAGGCUCAAAGAGCAGCAGAUUGCCGUGACAGCAACACUCCAAGAGAGUUCCAGCAGCCACCUUUCCAGCGUCGACGGCCCUAACUGGUCCUUGUUGGAGGGCUUGAUCGAAGUUCUCCAGCCUUUUAAAGUCGUCGCAGAUAUGAUCAGUUCAUGCAGAUACCCAACCAUCAGUAUGGUUCGUCCUGUACUGCACAUGCUCCUCAACACCACCCUCAAAGUCAAGGAGGGGGACCUGAAAGAGAUCAGCAUGACCAAAGAGGUCAUCUCAAAGGUUCUAUCAACCACCUACUCCCAGAAUUCACAACUAUCCCAAGAGAUCUCAACGUUCCUUAACAUCGCUACCUUCCUGGAUCCUCGGUACAAGAAGCUGCCCUUCCUGUCAGCUCAGGAGCGUGCAAAAGUUGAGAGCACGAUCAUCGAUGAGGCCAAGGCAGUCCUGGAGAAGCAGACUGCAGAGCGACCAUGCUUGGACGACUUCUCGUUGGUAUCUGAAGAGCCACCAGCCAAAAAACAGACACCUCUAAGAGAGACGUCACCCCAGGAUAAUCCUUUAGCAGCCAUAUUUUGCCAGUCAGAUUCAGACCAGAGCCACGAGGAGCUGCAUGCUCAAGUAGUAGAGGAGCUGAGCAACUACAAAUCCCAAAGAGUCCUGGGUCUGAAUGAAGACCCCUUACUGUGGUGGUCUGGUCAUGCUCCUUUGUUCCCUACCUUCCCCAAGGUGCUCCAGAAGUACUGGUGUGUUCCCGCCAUGAGCGUCCCAUGUCACAGGCUAUUCAGCUCCUCUGGGACCGUUCUCUGUGGGAAAAGGAACCGGUUAACCCCGGCUUUGGUAGAUCAGCAGAUCUUCUUGUAUGAGAACUCAAGGAACUACUACGAGCCUGAACCUUGCGAGGACGACUCGGACGAUGUAUCGCAAGGAAGCUCAUGUCUGGGUCAGCCACUUGAAUGACUCUUAGCCCAAAACUGAAAAGUCUGGUGCACUUAAUACAAUGGAUCACUUUCUUUGAGUAAUGGCUCAUUUUCAUAAGAUAAUUCAUUUCAAUUUAAUUUAGAUUUGAAAGGAAAAAAAGACUGUAAAAUGAGAAGACUACCAUCAUGAUUAUAUCUGUACAUUUAUAACAGUGCUUUUAAUUUAGCCUAACAAAGCCAAGAUUACACAGCAUUUUUUAAUAACACCAGACUUAUAUGAGAAUAGAAGUUAUUUUGCAUGUUUAAUCUCACUUUUAAUGCCUUCUUUAAACAUCUGAAGAUGUGUUGUGUCUUUCUUUUGCACUUUUAAUACUUUGAGGCUCUUUAAUGUAAUCUGUUUGUUGGUUAUUUGAGAUGCUUUGGUAACUACCACAUAUCUAACAGCAUUUACAAUGGAUCAUUUCAGAAAAUUCUUGUUUUGUGCAAUAACUAUAUAAGUAAAAGCUUUGCUUCCCA